AUGCGUGGCCGCACAUGUUGUUUCCCUUCCCGCCUUUGUGCUCUGACACUGGGAACGGGCUGGUUCAUCCUCACCGGCUCGAUCGCCGCGUACUGCUGGUUCAUACUCUCGCAAUUCAUCACAGACCUCAGCGACAUCGACCCAAACGCACUCGAUAUCGACAGUCUCCACGUUGUGUUGACGACUAAGCAACGUAUCCUGCUGUACAUCGUCGCGGGGCUGUAUUCUGCUGCGUUCUUUGUUUGUGGAAUUGGACUCCUGAGCAUCAUCGUCAGGGCGCGCAAAUUCGUCGUAGCCUUCCUAGCUCUCGUGCUGGCCAAAACCGUUGCAAGUCUUGCAAUCGGCGCGUUCGAGCUGUACGAACUGUGGGAGAAGUCAUCAUCGAACUGCGAUGCCGUCAGCCUGGAAGAUCAACCCGCCUGCGCCUCGGGCUUGUUCAACCUGCGCGUAGCGCUCACAGUCGCCUUCGCCCUCGCAUUAGCGAUUCAGCUGUGGCUCGCGCAUGCGCUUUACGUGCUUCAACGCGUAAUGCGUGAGGAGAGGGCGUACGAAGCGCUCGCGCAUUGGCACGCCGCGCGGAUCCCGAGUACAGGCGCCGCGACCUCGCCGUUUGCCUUUGAUGCGUCCUCCGCCUCUGCCAGCAGGCCCAACUUCAACCUCACCAUGGCCGAGAUGGACCCGUCGCGCGUGAGCAAGCUCAAUAGCCCCUAUCCUGCGUUCACUUCCAAGACGCGGCUCAACUUCAACCCUCCGCCGUCCUCGCCCGCGUUCGGCGAUCGCAAACUCGGCUUCGACCCCAUGCGUGUACCCAUCUCCUCUCCGGCAACCGCACUUCUUCCAGGGUACCCCGACUCAGCACUCAGCCACUUCCCGUCGCCGCCGGCAAGCAAGACCGGGUUCGACGCUGAGAAGCUUGGCUCGCCUCGGCUCCCGGGAAUGGGAGGGGACGAGUAUGCGGACCCUUACUAUAAGCGCGAUAACUUUGCGUUCCGGAUUGAUCUGCCUGCUCGUGGCGACUCAAGGACACCGAGAAGAAGCUGGUGGGGUCGUACGUUGGCGAGCCGGUUUUGA